GGACUGUAACUGCAUGUAUGCCUUGAAGAAUUAAGGCAGGUCUAAAGGCAAAAAUGGUCCAACCCAGUACUAGCUAAGUGUACCUUAUAAAGUGGCUGAGCUUGCUGCUGCAAAUCGGCCAGGAAAUGUUGGAAGAGGAAGCACAGGAAGCCGAGACGGAGAAAAUGCAGUACAUGGAGGAGCACUGCCCUGCCCUUUCCAUCCCGGGCUGCACGCAGGACCUCCAGGAGCUGUGUCGCAAACUUCACAAGCAGAUUGAUUUGGUGGAUGAGGAGCGAUAUGACAUGGACAUCAAAGUGACAAAAUCCAACAAGGAGAUUUAUGACCUUAAGUUGAAGAUUCAGGAUCUGAACGGGAGGUUUAAGAAGCCAGUCCUGAAGAAGGUGCGGAUGUCAGCUGAUGCCAUGCUGGCUGCCCUGCUGGGCUCUAAACAUAAAGUGUCCAUGGACCUGAGAGCCAAUCUGAAACAGGUUAAGAAGGAAGUAAAAGAUGAGGAGAAGCAGACAGGCGACUGGAGGAAAAACAUCGAAGACAAAACUGGCAUGGGCGGCAGGAAGAAAAUGUUUGAGACAGAGGCUUAAAUGUCAGCAUGCUUUUCUGCAGCUGACCAGCACCAACUUUCUGGAUGUCAGUUUUUACAACUAAACAAGAGUACCUGGCUGCAGGCAAAAGGGGGCCACCAUACCUCAACUCUAUUCCGGACCUCCACAGGAAGUUGUUGUUCUAAACCGGAAGUCAUGUGACUUUUAUGGCGGAAAUGUGUCUUCUUCGUGUGCUUAUUCCCCGUGAUGUAGCCGGCUGGUUUAAAACAAUCCGUCGGCUUUAUUUUAUUUUUUCAGUUCGUUAAUUUACAUGUUCAGGUCGUUUAACCUUAUGUUCGUUUCUCAAUAAAUUCUCAGUAAUGAGUUGCUGAGUCA